CAAGCCUCAUAUCAACAUUGAUUCAGCACCUCACUGGAGAGAUGAAGGCAUCCAGCAAUCUCCUGAUUGUUAUUUUUGGAGUAACUACAGCUUUAGUCAAAGAUCAUAUCUAUGUGAACAUCCCCAAGAACUGGACUGAUGCUCAGAGUUAUUGCAAGCUAUAUUACAAAGACCUGUCAACCAUCCAAAGUAAUGAAGAACAAGAGAUACUUAUAAAGCUAGCAGGAAACAAUCUGUCACAUAGUUGGAUCGGCCUGUACAGGGACAAGAAUAACAGUGACAUUUUUCUGUGGUCUGAUGGAGACACAUUUUCCUUCUCUAAUUGGGCAUUAAACCAGCCCGAUAAUUAUGAAGAAAAUCAGUUCUGUGUAACCACAAAGCACACAUGGUAUAACUUUGAGUGUAAUAAUUCCUAUCCUUUUUUCUGCCAAAAGAUCAUCCUUCUUGUCAAAACAAUGAAGACAUGGAAGGAAGCUCUUGACUACUGCAGGACUCACCACCGUAACCUGGCCAGCUUGACAUCUAUGACUCAACUGCAGCUGACAAAAAAAGAGACAUUAGAAUCCCAGACAGACAGUGUGUGGACAGGCCUGCGCUUCAUGGCUGGAGAAUGGCUCUGGUUGAACAUGAAGCCUCGAAGUAUUCAAUUCUCACUUCCAGAUUGUCCAGCUGAGCCCUAUCGUUGUGGAGCCCACAACACUAAAACUGACACAUGGGAGAACAGAGACUGUGAUGAGAAGCUCAACUUCCUCUGCAGCUGAAAAGAAAGAGAGAGAGAGAUUUCCUGAUUUUGAUCUGGAGUGAAGUAAAGAAUACUACAUUUCUACCAUGUAGUAAAAGCUUUUUAAUUUCCAAAAAAAAACUAAACUUAUUUAUAUUAAUGAAUAUACCGAGCAGCAUAACAUAUUGCUUAAAUUAAAUGUAUAUC